UGCUGCAAGCGGUAGCGGUACGAUACAUUCUCACUCCCCGAACUCGGGACAAGGUGGGAGCAGCUCCUAGCGCGAAGUCCAACUGACAGAGGACAGUCUGGAAGCUAACGCCGCUUUCGUUUUACUGCUUUACUUAGCCGCCGUCUUUUCUUUCAUUCAAGCUAAGGGAAUUCAAUUCAUGUCCUUUUGCCAGCCAAUCAGCCUACCACGCUGGCAAUUUAACUUCGCGAGCUCCAGAGACGGGGUAACUGGCAGACGUUAGCAGAUCCCCUAUUUUGAGCGAAACGAACAGUUGCUAAAUCGUUUGUCCCAAACAGGUUAUUUGCGAUAGCAGAAUUCAGAAAGCAUUGUAGUUUCAGCGAGAGGGGCGUCUAGACAGUGAAUAUUUAGUCACCAUGUUCAGCUGGUCAAAUAAGGAUGGGAAGAAAAAAGAUCCCGAACUAUUUCAGACAGUCUCGGAUGGGCUCAAACGACUCUACAAAACCAAACUCUUCCCUUUAGAAGACGCAUACCGUUUUCACGACUUUCACUCGCCAGCUUUAGAAGAUGCUGAUUUUGACAACAAGCCUAUGGUGCUUUUGGUCGGCCAGUACUCCACGGGCAAAACGACAUUCAUCAGGCAUCUUAUGGAGCAAGAUUUCCCUGGUAUGAGGAUAGGCCCCGAACCGACCACAGAUUCCUUUAUUGCGGUUAUGUACGGGGAGCAAGAGGGACUGGUGCCAGGGAAUGCACUAGUUGUUGAUCCAAAAAAGCCUUUUAGAAAAUUAAAUGCCUUUGGAAACGCCUUCCUGAACAGGUUUGUGUGCGCCCAGAUGCCCAACCCCGUUCUGGACAGCAUCAGCAUCAUCGACACCCCCGGAAUCCUGUCGGGAGAGAAGCAGAGGAUCAGCAGAGGAUAUGACUUCGCGGCGGUGCUGGAGUGGUUCGCCGAGCGCGUGGACCGCAUCAUCCUGCUCUUCGACGCCCACAAGCUGGACAUCUCGGACGAGUUCUCAGAGGUGAUCCGCGCGCUCAAGAACCACGAGGACAAGAUGCGCGUGGUGCUCAACAAGGCCGACCAGAUCGGCACGCAGCAGCUGAUGCGUGUCUACGGCGCCCUCAUGUGGUCGCUGGGCAAGAUCGUCAACACGCCCGAGGUCAUCCGCGUCUACAUCGGCUCCUUCUGGGCACAGCCGCUGCUGGUGGCCGACAACCGCAAGCUGUUCGAGGCCGAGGAGCAGGACCUGUUCCGAGACAUCCAGGGCCUGCCCAGGAACGCCGCGCUCAGGAAGCUCAACGACCUCAUCAAGAGGGCACGCCUGGCCAAGGUGCAUGCGUACAUCAUCAGUGCCCUGAAGAAGGAGAUGCCCAACAUGUUUGGGAAGGAGAACAAGAAGAAGGAGCUGAUCGCCAACCUGGGAGAGAUCUACUCCAAGAUCGAGAAGGAGCACCAGAUCUCGCCCGGAGACUUCCCCAAGCUCGCCAAGAUGCAGGAAGUGUUGGCCGGCCAGGACUUCAGCAAGUUCCAGGUGAUUAAGCCCAAGCUGCUGGAGGCGGUGGAGGACAUGCUGGCCAACGACAUCGCCAAGCUGAUGACGCUGGUGCGGCAGGAGGAGGCCUCCAUGCCCAGCCAGUCGGUGCAGGGUGGUGCCUUCGAGGGCACCAUGAACGGCCCCUUCGGCCACGGCUACGGCGAGGGCGCCAGCGAGGGCAUCGACGAGCUGGAGUGGGUGGUGGCGCGCGACAAGCCCACCUACGACGAGAUCUUCUACACGCUCUCGCCCGUCAACGGCAAGGUGUCGGGCGCCAUGGCCAAGAAGGAGAUGGUCAAGUCCAAGCUGCCCAACACGGUGCUGGGCAAGAUCUGGAAGCUGGCCGACGUGGACAAGGACGGCUUCCUGGACGACGAGGAGUUCGCGCUGGCCAACCACCUCAUCAAGGUCAAGCUGGAAGGUCACGAGCUGCCCGCCGACCUGCCAGAUCACUUGGUGCCGCCCUCCAAGCGCAAUCUGUAGAACGCGGCUCGAGCCAGGCAGGCGGGCGAGCGGCGCCAAUGACUGUACAUUUUAAUGGACGGCACGGUUCAUUUGAAGCAUUGUCAAUGGUCUACUUCCUAUUUCCUGUUUGGAAUUGACCAUCACCAAGUUUUUUUCAUUGGCCUUUCUAACCAGGAAAUCUGUGUUUGAAAAUGUUUCAAAUGUGUUUGAAUUGGGGGGAAAAAGUGAACCUUGUAGUCCAUGAUUCUAAUGUACAGUCAUUGGGCAGCGUAGACGCCACCAGGGGCGGUCUCUGAGCCAGGGCUUUGGUUGGUGGGGGAGCAGGGGGGGGAGGAGUCAAUCCAGGAUUCCGAAAGUAAAAAAUCCUUGCCAGAAAUGAUCCAACAUGGACCCUGUUUCUCAUGUGUCAUUGUUAACUAUGUUAACAAUUUAGUUGGUUGUUGUUAAAUGUCCCCUUUGGAAACCAAGUUGCUACCUGAAUAAUGUUGAUGAAUUUGAGCAAUGCAUCUCAGAUUUGAAUCAUCUGGUCGCAAUUGAAUACUCAACACUGGUAGUUCAGAUACUCAGUGAAGCCACUUGUGUCAAAAGGAAAACAGGGCAGGAUUUUUUAUUUUCUGAACAUGGGCUUGACUCCUCUGGCCAGGGGUCAAACACGGGUGGUGAUGGUAGUGGGGAAGGGGGUUUAGAGUAGUUGGGGGUUGUUUUGGAGUACAGACAGGGAAUCGUUUUUGUGCAGGUGUCGCAUUCCAGAAUCGUCAAUGUUACAAAACAUCCCAAAACCUUGUGCCUGUGUGUGGGGGGGUUACAACCCAGUUGUAAUCUGCUGGAAUAUGUCUUUUCACUUUAAAGAAAAAGAAAAAGAAAAAAAAGUAAUGUUUAAAAAAAGAUGUUAUGUAGGCAUUUGUCUGUGAUUGAAAAUGUUUUGAUCGUUGUGGUUGUCUCGAAUGCAGCCUUUGGGGUGGAGAGAUUCACCAAGGGAAAGUUUUGAAAUGUAGGAUGGAAACGGAGUUAGCAAAACACCCUAUAAAAGAAUAACCAUAAUAAGAAAAAAAACCACACACACACAAUAUAUGAAAACAGAAAAAAAUAACUUUUUAACUUAUUCAACACUUAAAUUCCAGUGCUGUGAUAUUAUUAUAUAGUUAUGUCCCAUUAUCACCACUAUUAUUCUUAACGCUUUUGGGGGCCGCUAUCAAAUCUAAAGCCAAUGAGGUUUCCUACCUAUGGACCGUUCUUCCUUCUCUGAAAACUAAAAAAUACUCUUGCCGCAAUGUUCGCAAUAAAUGUAUGCAAACCUGGCUGUGGACUGACCCAAGGAACCUGCUAUUAAGUGCAUGUGAAACACCAGUAAACCCGCCUAUGGCCUACAGGCAAUAACGGGCAACCUGGAUUUAUCAGUUACUGUACCUUCCAGUGCCACAUAUUCCAAAUGACCUGGCUUCACCCGUCCUAUCCAACCAGGUGAUUGCCCUGAUCACCUGGCCUCUUUCACAAUGAAUGGCUGAGGGCAAAUCGCUGCCGUGUUUUAGCCGGUAUAUAACACGGCCAUCAAUCGGUGGCCAGGUGAUACAUACAUUGUCCUGUAGGUGGCGUCUAUGAAAAACAUAAUAGGAUAUCAGGCAAAGGCGGCGGCACCCAGGGUUGGGGCCAUGCUAAUAAGCUACAACGCGGCAUCUAGUGUUCAUGAGUGCGUUACAAUAUGCGACCUUGCCUCCUCCACUUCUGCUUGUCCCCACCUCCUGGCCCCUCUGUGGAGAAAACGAUUAAGUUUCCCAGCUGUCAGCCUAGCCACAACAACUUUUGAGGGACUGUUUUUCAUUCAUCAUCCCAAUUGCAAAUGAGAAGAAGGCUUUAACAUUGAGCUUUUGCAAGAUAUUGAAAUAUAAUGCUGUGGUCAGUGAUGUCAUCAUGACAUAUUACUUCCUGGUAUGAGGAGACAAGCACAAGUGGAGGAGGCAAGGUCGCAUAUUGUAACGCACUCCAUGUCAUGGGCUGCACGGCUGUAUAAGUUCAUUUAGGGCAGUCACCUGGUUGAAGUGCACAGGUAAACCCAGGUGGUUUGGAACGUGUGGCACUGAUUUGAGUCCAGAUCCAAGUUGCCCACCUAUGGCCUGCAGGCAUCUACUUCCGCCAUCUUCUUGAUGCAUGUGCAGUUUCCUUUCUGAGCUUCUUCCUCCUUGGUGAAGGCUGCAGCCCUCUUGCCAUAACACUCCUCAAUGUCACCGCCAGUGGUGGAACAAUCCGUCAACAAGGCGGUUAUUAAAAAUGCGCACUUGCGUGGCCAAUGCGGCUGAAGGGAGAAUUUGGUCGUGCGUGCGUGUGUGUGUGUGUGAAUGUUUGGGUAACUUGUGUCUGUAUGUAAAUUCUGAAACUCCAACUUAAUUACAAAAAGCGAUGAUGUGAUUUAUCUCUUUUUUUAUCCAAACUACGUAUGUUAUCAAAAGGCUGUAUAAUAUUGAGCAUAGAUAGACACAUUUGACAUCCCAGUUAGAAAAAGAAGCUUAACAAUGCUGUUAUCCCUAAAUGACCAGCUUGUAUAUUACACAGGCCUUUAGGCAAGCAGAGGAUUAUCAGACAUGGCAGCAUUAACCCUUUCUUGGAAGUUUCAAACACUACACUCAUGUACAUUGUCUUUGUGACAAAUUAAAGUGUCGCCUACAUGACUAUAGUACAGCAUGGUGUACAACUGCAUCCAUCUUGUUUUCUGACUGGUCUGAUUUCAGCGUAGAUGUUUCAUGGGCCUUUCCAAAGAUUUUUCUUUCUUGAUCUGUAGCAAAAAGUAUAAAUGAGAAAUGAAAGACUAACUAUGAAGUUAACAUUCUUUGCUUGUAUGUUGUGAAUGUUUCAUUGGGCACCACUGUUUAUUAAAAAAAAAAGACACCAGUUUUGAAGCAAAAGUGCCUCUGAUUGCUACGAGAAAAAAAUGAAUAGAACAGCAGCCAUUCUCUAUAAAUAAUGUUCAUAUGUAUAUGUUUUAGUCUAUUUUGAAAUAAAAAUGUAUCACAUUAA